AUGAAUCCUCCCAACAACUGCUCUUCGGAAGAGAGCUCUUCGCCCAAUCAAUGCUCUCCCACUGUGGCUAUGCAACAUGAUUCAACAACAACAACAAUUACAACCACAUCACAUAACGAAUCAUCACAAGUGACCCUAGAUGAUGAUAUUCCUUCCAACACCUUCAUUGUUGCUGCCAAUAACACAAACAACAGUGCCAGUAAUAAUGGCAAGACCAAAAUCCCUCUUCUCAAUAUUAUCGCUUCUAUGAAAUUGAAAUCAAGCACUAAUUCAUCAUCCACACAGCAUACUCAUCCUCACCAUCAACAUCAUUCAUCCAGUUUUAGCCAUCAUCUCAUAGAGAAUCGUCAAAAACAUCAUUCCAAAAGUCCUAACAUCCAUCAAUCUCCAUUAAUUAAUAUAGAACGAGAACGUUCACACUCCACUCCACCCAUGAUAAAUACAUCGAGUGUAUCUGCAGCAACAUCACUCUCACCUACGAGCAUCGUGAUUGAACAUAUGACCGACCAAGAUAGAGUCCUUCCAUCAUGUCCUCUUAAAGCAGAUAAGCAUAUUUUCGUGUUGGGAGACCAGUCCGUCGGAAAAACCACUUGGAUUCGAGAACUGGCAUCUACAUCACAAAAUAUAGAGGAGUUUAUAUCUGAUUUUAGAACAACAGCAUCAUCAACUUCAGGGUUGAGUAAGAGAAGUAUGAGCACUGGUGGUUUCAUGGAUGGAUUAACACUAUCGUCUUCUCCGACUUUAGACAACUCUGCAUUUUAUGAUACAAUGAUCAACAGUGCGUUGUCACCACAACAGGAAAACAUUUUACUCUCAACCUCUCCUAGGGCGUCCGGAGGUGAUAUACAGACCUCUCCCUCAACUGCAACAGGUGGUAAACUCUCUCAAUGGAUCAAUAAUUUGAGGUCUUCAAAAUCAAACCAAGUUCCUUCAAAUGGUGGAACUGCAGGCUCACUAUUGCACAAAAAAUCAGCAUCCUUAGAUGUUGUCAACUUCACCAACGAUCCUGAAGCUCUCAUGAAGAAAGAGAGUGAAAACCAAAUCAAUUUUGUAAUUUUAUUAUUCCAACAAUAUUUACGACAAUUAGAGUUAGAGACAUUAUUGUAUUUGUACCACCCUGAAAAUUAUGGAAAGUAUCUAUUCCCUCCUUCUCUAAAGAAAUUGUUGGGUAUUGAUCCAGAAGAUGACUCAGAUUAUUAUGAACUUGUCAUAAAAAUUGGUUUAGAAGAAUUUGAAGAUUUACAAUUUGAAGGAUUAUAUGAACUAUACAAAAGAGAAACUGUCUUUAAACUAACAAUUUGGGAUCAACGCAAUGCAAUAGACAUUAAUUUUGAAGAAAUUCCCACGAUUGUGCAAAUCAAAAAGUUACUGACCUAUCUGGGAAUUUCUCAAAAAAAAUAUUCGGCAAAACUUUCAUUUAACUUUAGAACUAAUCCUCCAAAAACACUCUGCAUCCAAGACUUUUUACGACUUGACACCAAUGAAUUUCCAAGCUUGGAUUCAUUUUUCCAAAAACUAUGUUACAAGAGAUACUGUAAUGACUUUAAUGUCACUAAAUCGAAAGACAACCCUCUAUCAUUUAUGAUAUUGUUUCCUGGAAUGCUAUUCAGAGGGUCCAAUUUUGUACCUCGAUCUUUAACAGAAUACAGCUGGAUUAAGUUUGGAAAUAAUACAGCUCAGAUCAUAGAAUGUGAGACAGUAGAAGAAAUGUCGCAACAAAUGAAUUAUCUAUCUCUCUAUGACCAAUCAAGUCAAAACAAAGCAGAUAUAAUUUUUUACAUGGUUUCAUUACAGGAUUUUGCAACAGAUAAAACAAGACAAAAGUACUUUAGAAACUGCAUUCAAGAAUGGAGAAAGUUGAUGCAAGAUGAACGAUUUAAAUCAUGCCCAAUAGUCUUAAUAGGAAACAAGACUGAUCUUGUCAACCCAAACUCUCCAGUUUCUCAUGUAGCCAAUCUUACUUCCAAAUUGGAUUCAUGUCAAGCCGAAGAGGACAUGGAUGCCUUUAGGGAAAUACAUGUCUUAUCAUCUGAUAAUUUAGUUGACGCUAAAAACAUUAGUUUUUCAGGUCAGUCCACAACAAGUUCCGACGCAAGCCCUCUAACGUUAUCUAUGGACAACAGCGAGACCACUCUUGUAAAAUCCAACUCAAACCCAAGUCUAACUGCUUCACCUCGACUUUCCACUGAAUGUAGGUCUCCGAGAGCACGAUCGCAAUCCACUCCGAAAGAACCUGUGCUUAUCGUUCCAAAAACACGAAAAAAGCUUUCUCAAUUUGUGAUACAUCAAUUCCUUGAAGAAGAAACAGUUUCUCAAGGGCGCAAAACUCAACUCGUUGAAGAUUACUUUGUUGGUUCGUGCAGGUUUGAUGAAGAUAUGAUUGAAAGAUCUGGAAAAAUUCUUUCAAAGUAUAUAACCACAGUUAAAACUACACGCUUUGGUGUGUUUGGAAGUGGCUGCUCUGGAAAGUCAACCAUUUACAACCAUUUAGUGAAAAUAGUGAAUGAUAUAGAGAAGGAUGUCAACACAAAUACUGGUAGCAUUCUUACGCCCUCAAUUAUGUUUUUCUAUUAUGUCAAAACAAUCGCCAUGGGAUGGAAAAAGUUAUUGGAGUUAGUUAAUGCUCAUCACAAAUCGAAACAACACUCUUCAGCUCUUAGUACAAGUAUAAUUGAGAAGAGAAAAUCAGAAUUUACUCUUAACUUGAAGCGCUUGAAUGACGAACCUUUAAAUACGAAAAAUGCUAACGAAACAGGUACCAAAUCCAACGAUUCUUCUCCAACACACACUGAUCCAAUUUUGUCAAACAGAGAAACGACACAAAGUAUCUUAAAUCAAAAGAAUGAAAGAGCAAAACAAUGGACAGCAGAAGCGGACAAGCUGAAAUUUAUUGAUGGAGAUCUACGGUCGCUUUAUGUAUGGUGUUUACAAACAUUAGCAGCAGAUGUUAAUAUGACCAUUAAGCUAUUUACCGUUGAAAUUUCAGAUUUACUCAAUAGAAAAUGGAAAAACGACAGGGUGUUGAAGGAGACUUGGGAAGCAAAUUAUUUGCAAACUUCAGCUUCUAAAAUUCAAAAUUUACCUUCCUUAAUGUCACAUAUGUCCGAAGUCCAACGCAACAAUCUUGCCACUCUAUAUCUUCAAUCUCCGCGAAAAAAUUCCCAUAUACCGAAAAUCAGUUUAUCAACCUUUUUAAAAACUUACACAACUGUGAACGGUUUAGUGACGGAUGUUUUUAAUUUAAGAGGUCAGAAAUGCUCUGUCACAGUAACAAGAGGUUCCAGAAGAAAACAUAUUCAGCAGUGGUCUAUGACAAACAAUUGUGUUUUUGAUGUAAUUUUCUAUGUCGUAAAUAUUGCAAAUUAUAAUUAUAGCGACCAUGAAAAUACAAGAGGACGAAUGAAUGAAGAAAAUGAAGGCAACGAUGAAGAAAAUGAUGAAAUUAUUAGUUUGUCAGAGUCAAUAAUUUUCUUUAAACAAUUGCUAAACCACUUUGUUGCAAACAAUGCCAAGGGAGCUCCUCACAAUAACAUUCAAUCAUAUACUGGCUGUGUGCCAUACUUAGUUUUCACACACAAGGAUUUAUUUGUUGAAAAAGUUGAAAAAGGCAUUCCCCUCAAAGAAGAGUACUUGUCAGAGAAAGGAAGUUUUGAUCUAGGCCUUGGAGGAAGCUCAGCCACGAAUCGAGCAAAUAAUGAGAAGUCUCGUGAUUUAAUCUCUCAAAUCAAGUUAUCAAAAACUGAAGUAGAAUCCAUUCAAUCACGGUUAAGAUCUCAAAUGAGCGGAAUUAAGGAGCAAACUUUUGCAACAUUUAUCAUUUCAAAAUAUGUUGAGUGUGCUUUGGAAGAAACUUUGAGAAGCAUGAUUAUUGCUAAUACUUUUGUUAUAGACGCCACAAACGAAAAGGAAAGUGCACAGUUCAUACAUACGGUUCUGGACAAAAGAGUGGUCAGUGAUUUUGAGAUUGAUUACGAGUUAGGUUUAGGAUCUAGUUUAGUGAUUGGAGGAAAGUUUAAUUCAUUCUUCAAUUCAAUGCAGAAAUAA